GAGAACCAGGAGGAAUCCGAGUGCGUCAUUCUGUCAGUUUGUUGCUUAAACAAGAGUGUGCAUAGUACCCAUGGCUUAGUACAGCCUUAAAACCAUAUAGAAACCAAACCAAGAAGAGUGCGUCAUUCCAUCAGUUUAUCCAUGGCUGAGCAGGGAUGCGAGCGUGUGGUGGGAAUCAUAGGGGCGGGGGCUGCGGGCCUGUGUGCAGCCCGACACGUGCAGGGUAUGCAGGGAUGGAGGGCAGUGGUGUGGGAGCAAUCUUUGGACCUUGGCGGCACAUGGAGGCUGUCUCAGAAUGUUGGCGUGGACCAGAGAGGUUUUCCAGUCCAUUCCAGUCUGUACAACAGUCUGAGAACAGACGUGCCGGCAGUGCUCAUGGCUUUCCCAGAUUACAAGUUUCCGGACGGGGAAUCCUUCAUGCAUCACACCACCGUCCUCAAGUAUCUGGAGGACUACGCCCGCCACUUCAGUCUCCUUCGCUUUAUCAAGUUUGGACAUCGUGUGGAGGAAGUGUCACCGGCGGGCGAGCAGGAUGGACAGGUGGCCUGGAGGGUCACAGUCAAGGACCUCUCCAAAGGCUUCACUCACGUCACCACCUGCCGGGCUCUGCUCAUUUGUAACGGUCAUUUUUCAGAGCCAAAUAUCCCUGAGAUCGAAGGCAUCGAGAAGUACCGCGGGCAGAGGCUUCACAGCCACGACUACCGAGAGCCCUCUGCCUUUCUCGCCAGGCGGGUGGUGGUGCUCGGGGCCGGUGCCUCAGGCCUGGACAUCGCCCUUGAAAUAGCCCAAGUAGCAGACAAGGUUUUCCUCUCGCACAAGUUUCCUCUCUUGAUCCCGUCUGAGUUUCCCAACACGCUGCAUCAGGUGCGGGCUGUUGUCACGGCUGAUGAGACAGGGUUUGUGUUGGCUGAUGGAACGUAUGUUGAAGCAGAAGCCAUUUUGUAUUGUACAGGAUACAAAUACAAAUUUCCCUUCCUGACUGAUGAAUGUGGCGUUGAGGUGAAGGACAACCGUGUGCACAACGUGCACAAGCACAUCAUCAACAUCAGAUAUCCCACAAUGGGCUUCAUUGGCCUCCCAUCGCGAGCUAUCACCUUCCCUCUCGUCAAUUACCAGGUGCAGUAUUUCCUUGCCACUCUGAGAGGUGAGGUCACGCUACCCUCACUUGAAGAAAUGACGGCCAUCGCUCACAAGAAUGAUCAGGAACGGAGGGAGCAAGGGCUGCUAGAUAAACACUAUCACACUCUUGAAAUGACCCAGUUUGAGUAUCUCAGGGAUCUGGCGAGGGAAGCUGGCCUGGAGCAACCGCCGGCCUUCUUGCCUCAGUUACUAAUGAUAGUGUUGUUUCGUAUUUUUUUUUCAUUCCCUGUCUUUAAGAGCUACAGCUACGAGGUCUCUGGGGAUGGCGCCAUAAUAGAGAGUUUGAGGGGGCAGCGCGUGGCGACGUACUGGGAUCUAACUAGGCUAAUCUUGACACAGGUUGUCCGCUGCCUAUGGAGAGACUUUCCUAGGGUUGUGAGUUUCUUUGGCUCCCAUCUCAUGAUUAAAUUGAGAGCAAUUCUUAGGAUACCGAGGUAGACAGACCUAUUCAUUGAAACAACAACAACAACAAAUGUCCCCAGGUAGUACUGCUCUUUUGGUAUCGAUCGUAAGUGUCUUGAUACCCCCAUCAACUUCUUCUUCACUAACUUCUGCAACAUUCGCAGUCUUAGAUCUAAUUUUCAAUCUGUAGAACACCACCUCUCUUCUACUAAACUUCAUCUUUUCAUCACUGAAGCACAGGCGUCUGAAGCAAUUGAGGGUAGCCCCUUUUCUGUUCCCUCCUACUAUUUCUAUCCUCAUUUUCAAUCUAAAGCUGGAUGUUGCGUCUCUGUGCACAAUGGCUUAAUCUGCUCAUGCUCUUGAAUCUUCCGAGUUUUCCACCAUCGGUAUACGACUACAGAGUCACUCCCAAACUAAAUUUUUCUGUGCUGUAUACCUCCCACCUAACUCCUCUGACCAUAAGAAAUUCUUUGACAACUUAACUUCCAAAGUGAGCAUAUUUUGACUCUCUUCCCUUUUUGUGGAUAUCUCCAUUCUUGGAGACUUCAAUGUUUACCACCAGCUUUGGCUUUCCUCUUUCUUCACUGAUCAUCCUAGUGAACUAGCAUUUAAUUUUGCUAUCAUCUACGCCCUAGAGCAAAAGGUACAACACCCUACUCGUUCGUAUUCCUGAUUGUCUUGGAGAUACGGCCAACAUUCUUGAUCUUUUCCUAACUUCUAAUCCUUCCGCUUCUGCUGUUACCCUAUCUUCUCUCUUGGGCUCCUUCGAUCACAGUCUCAUAUCUGUAUCUUGUCCUAUCGCUCAAGUCUCUCUUCAGGAUCUCUCAAAGCGAAGGUGCCUCUGGUGUUUUACCUCUGCUAACCGGGAGACCUGAUGAUGUAUUAUGCUGAUUUCCCUUGCAGUGACCAUUGUUUUCGUGUCAGAGACCCGUCUCUGUGUGCUGAGCUCAUAACAGAGGUCUCUGGUAGUCUCUAGCACGGAGGCGUACAUUCCUCACUCUUUAUCUCAACCUAAACCUUCCAAACUUCGUUUAACUCAGCCUAUUUUCGUGAUGUACAUGAUAGAGAGGUGGCCCACAAAGGGUAUUUGAGUCUUCCAUCACCUGAAUCUCAUGUGCUUUAUAUUUCUGUCUGGAAUCAUGCAAAGUCUGUUCUCAAACUAGCCAAAAAAACUCCUUUAUUAAUAGAAAGCAUAAUCUUUCCAGAUCUAACUCCCCUCGUGACUUUUGGCAACUAGCCAAAAACAACUCCAAUAACUUUGCUUCUUUAUCUUUCUUUAUUUCAACAUGAUGCUUCACUGCCGUCUCAUCAAACAUUUGCUAAAAAUUCUACCUUGGAUAAUUUAAGGCUUGUUCCUCCCUUUCCUCCCCCCUCUGACUACUUCAUGCUACCUAUUAAGAUCCUUCGCAGUGGUGUUUUUCAUGCCCUCGCUGGCCUAAACCCUCGGAAGGCUUAUUGUUCUCCGAAACUGCGCCUCCGUGCUUACACCUUAUCCAUUCAAACUCUUUUAACUAUGUCUAUUGACAUCUGUUUACCUUUCCCUCUUGAUGGAAAUUUGCCAACAUUCAGCCUGUUCCUUAAAAUGGUUACCGUUCUAAUCCCUCAAACUAUCGUCCUGUUGGUUUAAUUUCCUGACUAUCUAAAGGUUUUGAAUCUAUCCUCAACAGGAAGAUUCUUAAAACAUCUAUCACUUCGCAACCUUCUAUCUGAUCGCCAGUACGGGUUCCGUCAAAGCCGCUCUACUGGUGAGUUUUGGUCAUCCUCUUUUAAAGAUAAUGGUGAAGCUUUUGUUGUUGCCUUAGACAUAUCAAAAGCUUUUUAUAGUCUGGCACAAAGCUUUGAUUUUCAAACUACCCUUCUACGGUUUAUAUGCUUAUCUCUGUAACUUCAUCUCAAGUGUCUUAUCUGCCCGUUCUAUUGCCGCUGUGGUAGACGUUCACUGUUCUUCUCCUUAAUCUGUUAACAGUGAUUUUCCUCAAGGUUGUGUCCUGUCCCCCACUCUCUUCCUAUUAUUCAUCAAUUGUCUUCUAAACCAAACUUCUUGUCCUAUCCACUUGUACGCUGAUGAUACCAUCCUGCACUUUUCCACGUCUUUCCGGAGACGUCCAACCCUUCAGAAAGCAAACAGAUCACGUAAAGAAGCCAUGGAAUGUCUGACUUCGGAUCUCUCUAUAAUUUCUGAUUGGAAGAAAGCAAAAACUCAACUCCUCCAUCUAUCAAUUCGACACAAAAUUCCACAACACUAUCCUCUCUUCUUCAAUGACACUCAACUGUCCCCCUCUUCUACGUAAAGAAGCCAUGGAAUGUCUGACUUCGGAUCUCUCUAUGAUUUCUGAUUGGAAGAAAGCAAAAACUCAACUCCUCCAUCUAUCAAUUCGACACAAAAUUCCACAACACUAUCCUCUCUUUUUCAAUGACACUCAACUGUCCCUCUUCUUCUUCUGAACAUCGUCGGGCUGUUCUUUAUUUAUAAUUUAAACUGGAAACUUCACAUCUCGUCUGUAUCUAAAACAGCUCCUAUGAAGUUAGUCAUUCUGAGUCAUCUCCGCCAGUUUUUCUCACCCCCCUGCUCGCUGCUAACUCUGUAUGGAGUAUGCUUCACAUAUAUUCCACAUAUAUUCCACUCAUACUGGUCUUUUAGACAGGGUGGAAUCUAAAGCUUUUCGUCUUAUCAACUCCUCUUUUCUAAGUGACUGUUUUCAGUCUUUUUCUCAUCGCCACAGUGUUGCAUCUCUUGCUAUCUUCUACCACUAUUUUCAUGCCAACUGCUCUUCUGAUCUUGCUAACUGCAUGCCUUCCCUCUUCCGCAGCCUCACUGCACAAGACUUCUUUCUUUCACCCCUAUUCUGUCCACCUCUCUAAUGCAAAAGUUAACCAGUAUUCUCAAUCAUUCAUCCCUUUUCUGGCAAACUUUGGAACUCCCUGCCUACUUUUGUAUUUUCAACUUCCUAUGACUUAAACCUUUUCAAGAUGGAGGUUUCAAGAAACUUAUCCUGUAUUUCUGACUAACACUUUAGACUAUGUUCAGGGACCGGCACCUCAGUGGGUUUUUUUAUUUAUCUUAUUUAUUUUAUUUUUCUAUAUAUUUCUUUGUAUUGCAGUUUUGUUGCCCUUGGCCGGUGCCCCUCCUGCAUAAAAACUGCUACUACUACUACUACUACUACUAUUACUACUACUGGUAUUAUCAUUAUUUUAAUUUAUUAUACUUAAAACAAGUUUCCGUAAUCAAUGCAAUCAGUGACGAAGUAUAAGAAUAUCGCAAGUAUUCAUUAUUAUAUUAUACAAGCAAGAACAUAGUCAGUUCAGCCGUCGAGAAAGAGAUGCCUGAGCAGAAUUAGAAGCAGGAAUAACAAUUAGCUGUUUUCAACUAAAAUACGAAAUGUAUAAAAAAAAAAAAAAAGUAGAGCUCAAAGGCGCAUGCUAAGAGUCCCCACUUAACGUAACAUCAGGUUGUCAAUUGUGGUCGAGGGCCGAGUAACCUUUUCUCCUCAAUUCGACUGUGCUUGUAUAUUUUCAAUCUAAAGUCUUCUGAUAUAAUGACAGUCUCGUAACAAAACCUAAUCAUUGAUAGAUUCUUAUCAGAUCAGAGGACUUAAGACUGAGGAAAAAUAUCAAACACAGUGAAAGUGAACGUGGUGUGAUUAUCGAGCAUGACUGCACCAAUGCACCUGACAUGGUAUCUGUGUGCACACCUAUUUUAUGGACACGUAAAGGGUCCGCCACACAGUCAGUCACAUGAUGGCUUUUGUUAUGCUAUUAUGUGUUCCUAAUGUGGCUGCAUAUCAUUGUCUUGAUGGAUGACACAGUUUUCUCAUCUACAACUAGGUAAAGGGUGAAAUAAAUGUUAAGGUUAUUAAAUGGAUACUGCAUGGAUAUUCGAAUGCCUCAUAAUAAUGUGAAAACCAAUUUAUAUGCUUUAAAUUGUUCACAAAAGAAACAAGCGCCAUUUAUUGUAGGGUUUGGCACCUCAGUGGGCCUUUUUAUUUUUCUAAUUAUUGUGUUGCCCUUCACCAGUGUCUCUCUUACAUAAAGAAAAAGAAA